AUGGCAAACCAAGCUCCAGGCAGAGAUGCAGCUGGAGGUGGACGAGGCGUCUUCCGAUCACAGCUGCAAAUUCAGGAAAGCCGCGAAGGACAUCAGGAGGAGGUGAAAUUGCCAACUUUGGAGUCAGAAGACAGUGAGAGCUUGAGCUCUGCGUCUUCCAUCUUCCAGCAGGGCCGGGUUCCCAUCAGCUGGCUGGUGUCCGACAGCGGCUCUUCUGCUCACGACCGAUCAGAGCGGGCGUCUGGCGGCAAAGAUUCCCAACACACGUCAAGCUCAUCGAGCGCAGAGCAGCAAGCCGCUCGUCUUGGAGGAGGACGAGUGCAAGACCUCCCUGACAGCCUCAGUGGCAGAGGCAAGAGUCAAUCCGUGCAGGCCGGCAAGACUGGCUACUCUUCGUCGUCCUGGUUUGCGACGACCUUCGAAGAGUCUGAGAUGGAGGACCUGGCAGCUACGCAGGAGAAGAAGGGCUCAGCCCGUGGCUCUGGCUCUUCCUCCGGCGUGCUGACGGGCGUGGCAGCGCUCGACUUUGUCUCGGAGCAGUCGGGGAACUCGCAGACAAAGGAGGAUGAGGAGAUCCCGGAGGAUGUAGAGCAGCGCUGUAUGGACAUUCUCAUGAACCUUCCUCUGGAUGAUGAGGGCCGGGUGACGUCUCUGGGCAGCCAGUCUCACAAAAGUGGAACCUGCAAGCCCUGCGCCUACUGGUUCAAGAGAGCCUGCAAGCAUGGCGUAGCUUGCUACAACUGCCACAUCGCCCACGAGGGCCAGAAGCCGAAGAGACUGAGGUCAUCGAAGGCAAAAAUCCACAAGGAGAUCGGCGACUCGAGUAUCCCGGAGGAGGGCGAGUUGAGUCAGAAAGACUACAAGAAGAACACGGCUGAUCGGGCCAUUCCUUCGACUCCCGGCCGUGUCGGUGGUGAGAGCGUGGAUCUGAAGGUCACAGCGGCUGUCCUGAAGCGAGUAUCCAUGGCUCGUGGUUUCAAGGUGACAGAGCCACCGAGCGCAAAUUAUUCAGUGGACCCGGCGAGAUCUCGUACGAAGACAUCCCUCUGA